GCCAGCGUCGCACCCGCCGCCUGCUCGCCUCACUGCGCCCGUCGCUCCCUCGGCGCAAGGACGCUCGGCCCGGACUCCGCCGCCCCCGCGCUCGUCUGAGCCCCCCGGCCCCUGCCGCGGCCCCCGAGCCAGAGGCCGUCCACCGCUGCGGCCCCCGGACCUGGGGACACCGUGCCUGCCUUGUGGACCCUGCUCCGGUGCCGUGUGACAGGGCACCGUGCUGGUGCUACGUGUCCCGGACCCCUGAGGAGGCAGCCCUGUGCUCAGGGCCCCCGAGGACACCCACUCCCUCCACACCUGGGACCCCCAAAGAAUCAUCUCCAUCCCCAUGUGACCAGGACCCCCGAGGACGCAGCUCCAUCCCUGUGUGACGGGACCCCCCAGGACACGCCCCCUCACAGCCGGGACCCCCGAAGAAUCGGCUCCAUCCCCGUGUGACGGGAUCCCUGAGGAAACCCCCAUACCUGGGACCGCUGAGGACGCAGCUCCGGCCUCGUGUGACAGGCCCCCGGGGACACCCGCAUCCCGGACCCCCCCCCUUCAUCUCUGUGAGACCAGACCCCUGGGGACACAGCCCCGCACCUGGGACCUCUGAGGACACCCCCCUGCCCCCAGGACACCAAGGACCAUCCCCGUGUGACGGGACCCCUGAGGACAUCCCGCCCACCUGGGACCCCCGAAGAAUCAUCUCCAUCCCCGUGCACUCGGGGCCCCCCCCCCGCGGACACUGCUCCAGCCCUGUGACCCCCGGAGAGGCAGCGCCAACCUCUGCACCCCCCUGGGCCAGCCCCAAGAGCACCCCGUGCCCCAGACUCUUGGCUCGCCUGCACCCACCCAGAGGUGACACCGCCCGCAUCUCGCCCCCUGCUUUCUCCCUGUGCCGGCAGGGUGGCAAUGCCCUGGGGCGCCUGUCAAACAUGAGCAGCAACUGCGAGCCAGGCCAGGGCCCCUUUGAGGGCGGAGGUGUGGCAGCGGCGGGGCCGGGGACCGGGCGGCCCCGGGGCCAGGCCAACGAUGACAUGGACGCCAACAGCAAUGGGUCCAGCGGCAACGAGUCGCAUGGCGACAGCUCCCUGCGCAGCGACCACAGCAGCAGCGGCAAUGGCAAGGAUUCGGCCCUGAUUGAGACCACUGAGAGCAACAAGAGCACCAACUCGCACAGCCCGUCGCCACCCAGCAGCUCCAUCGCCUACAGCCUGCUCAGCACCAGCUCUGAGCAGGACAACCCCUCCACCAGCGGCUGCAGCAGCGAGCAGUCGGCACGUGUGAAGACACAGAAAGAGCUGAUGAAGGCGCUGAAGGAGAUGAAGAUCCGGCUGCCCUCGGAGAAGCGCAGCAAGGGCAAGUCGGGCACACUGGCCACGCUGCAGUAUGCCCUCUCCUGUGUCAAGCAGGUCCAAGCCAGCCAGGACUACUACCAGCAGUGGGCAAUGGAUGGCAGCCAGCCUUGCACCCUGGACAUGUCCAGCUACACCAUGGAGGAGCUAGAGAACAUCACCUCUGAGUAUACCCUCAAAAACCCAGACACCUUCUCGGUGGCUGUGUCGUUCGUGACAGGGCGGAUCGUUUACGUCUCGGAGCAGGCGGGCACCAUCCUGCGCUGCAAGCACGACAUCUUCCAGGGGGCCACGUUUGCCGAGUUCCUGGCGCCACAGGAUGUCAGCAUCUUCUACGGCUCCACUGCCCCCUACCACCUGCCCUCCUGGAGUGCCUGCACCUCCGCCAGUGCAGCUGCCAUGGACUACACCCAGGAGAAGUCAGUCUUCUGCCGGAUCAGCGGAGGCCACGAGCGAGGCCGGGAGCUGCGCUACUACCCCUUCCGCCUGACACCCUACCUGGCCAAGGUGCGCGAGGCUGACAGAGCCGAGGGCCAGCCCUGUUGCCUGCUCAUUGCUGAGCGCAUCCACUCCGGCUAUGAAGCCCCCCGCAUCCCCCCCGACAAGCGGAUAUUUACCACCAGGCACACUCCGAGCUGCCUUUUCCAGGAUGUGGAUGAGAGGGCUGCCCCUCUGCUGGGCUACCUGCCCCAGGACCUGAUCGGGAUGCCCGUGCUCUGGUACCUGCACCCUGAGGACCGGCCCCUCAUGCUGGCCAUCCACAAGAAAAUUGUGCAGUACGGUGGACAGCCCUUCGACCACUCCCCACUGCGCUUCCACACACGCCACGGCGAGUACGUCACCAUUGACACCUCCUGGUCCAGCUUUGUGAACCCCUGGAGCCGCAAGGUCUCCUUCAUCAUGGGCCGCCACAAAGUCCGCACGGGCCCUCUGAACGAGGAUGUCUUCAUGGCCCCCAAGACCCAGAAGCUGCGGCCACUGGAGCCUGACAUCCAGGAGCUGUCAGAGCAGAUCCAUCGCCUGCUGCUCCAGCCCGUGCACAGCACUGGCUCCCUGGGCCUCUGCAGCCUGGGCAGCAAUGGGUCCCACGAGCAGUUCCUGAGCGUUGCCUCGUCCAGCGACAGCAACGGGCUCCCAGCCGAUGAGGCCCAGGCCCUGCAGCCGAUGACCUUCCAGCAGAUCUGCAAGGACGUGCACAUGGUAAAGAACAAGGGCCAGCAGGUUUUCAUCGAGUCACGGACCAAGCCGCAGGCCGCCAAGGCCCCCCGCGCCGGUGAGUGCCCGGGGAUGCCACAGCAACGCAAGGGCGGCAGACCCAGGCGCCAUGGCCCCAGCUCUGAACCCUGCCCCCUGCCCUGUGCCGCAGGCCUGGACGUGGCCCUGGAGCAUGGGGUCCUGGGCCGGGAAGCGCUGCGGGAACCUGAGCGGAGCCCGGCAUGUGCCCCCACCUCCGAGGGCUCGGUGCGGAAGGAGCCGUCCAACUAUUCCUACCAACAGAUCAACUGCCUGGACGGCAUCAUCAGGUACCUAGAGAGCAGCAACCUGCCGAGCCGUGUGAAGCGCAAGUGUGGCUCCUCGUCCUAUACGACCUCCUCCACCUCCGAUGACGACAAGCAGAAGGCAGUCGCCAAAGAGGCGCCUAGGAAAGACAUUGUGAUGAUGGAGGAGGCACUAAGUGCGACGCCGCCAGCCCCCCUGAUGCCCAGCACAGCACCUGCCACGGACCGUGAGCAGUACCGGCCUGUGGGGCUCACCAAGGAGGUGCUGUCUGUGCACACGCAGAAGGAGGAGCAGGCCUUCCUCACCCGCUUCCACAGCCUCAGCCAACUCCGUGUCUUCGACACCCCGUCGGGGCCGGGCCGGCCCGAGACACCUGGUGCCCAUACAGGUUCCCAAGGCCCUCGGCAGCCCCCCCGUGGACCAGGCCGGCGCGGGCGCAGUGGCAAGUCUAAGGCCAAGCGCGCAAAGCAGAACCAGUUGUCAGACAGUACCAGCUCGCCACUGACUACCGCCACCACGCCUGCCCCAGGCGCUCCCCCCGCACCUCCCUCCUGGCCACCCUCAGCCGCCUUGCAGGCCAGCCUGCCCCCCCUGCCCUUCCCCAUGGUGCCCACCUACCCAAUGCCCGUCUUCCCCACACGGCCCCCCGUGCCCGAGGUGCCUGCUGCCGCCACUGCACCGCGCUACCCACUGCCUGCACCGCCUUUCCCCACGCCUCUAGUGGCACCCAUGCUGGCACUGGUGCUGCCCAACUACGUGUUCCCGCCUGGCUCCAGCGCCCUGCCCCCUGCCUACUUCCCUGGUGCUGCAGCCUACAGCCCUGCCGGCACCCCUGGCUUCAGUUUUGGGGGCCCGGCAGCAGCAGCAACCCCGGUGGCAUCCCCGGGUGGGCCGCCAGCAGCAGAGGCGUCGCGCUCCACCACGCCACACUCGCUGAGCCAGGCUGAGCGGGCGGAGGCCGAGUCGCCGCUGUUCAACUCGCGCUGUAGCUCCCCACUGCAGCUCAACCUGCUGCAGAUGGAGGAGGCACCUAAGGCCUGCGAGCGCCCUGACCCACCUGGUACCACUCCGGGACCUGGCACGCCUGCCACCGCCCCCCCUGGCACCCCCUUGCCCAGAGAGCAUGGUGACCCCAAGGAGGCUUGCAUGGCCGAGGCCCAGGACUCGUCCAACAACGACGCACUGUCAAGCUCCAGUGACUUGCUGGACCUGCUGUUGCAGGAGGACUCUCGCUCGGGCACUGGCUCAGCUGCCUCCGGCUCCGGUUCCUCAGGCUCCGGCUCCAACGGCUGCAGCAUGUCAGCCAGUGGCACUUCUGCCAGCGGCACUACCAGCAGCAAGAGCAGCCACACCAGCAAGUAUUUUGGCAGUGUGGACUCCUCGGAGACCGACUUGGCCAAGCAGCCGCCGGGAGUGGGGGCUGGGGCCAAUGUGCACCUCAUGAAGUACGUGCUGCAAGACCCCAUCUGGCUGCUUAUGGCCAACACGGAUGACAAAGUCAUGAUGACCUACCAGCUGCCUGGCCGGGACCUGGAGGCCGUGCUGCAGCAGGACCGGGAGAAGCUGAAGCAGAUGCAGAAGCAGCAGCCACGCUUCACAGAGGAGCAGCGCAAGGAGCUGGCUGAGGUGCACACCUGGGUGGCCAAGGGGUUGCUGCCACGCGCCAUCAACGUCUCGGCCUGCAUUGACUGUGGCAGCAGUGCACCUGCCAAGGACCCACCACCAUAUGAUGCCGAGAUCCGUGACCUGGAGCUGAGUGGGCUGCUGGAGCCCAUGGACGAGGGCGCUGCGCCCCCUGACACUGCCAUGGAGGAGGAGGAGGCGGGCACUGGUGCUGGCCCCCCUGCCAUGGCCUCCACGAACGCUGGGUGAGUCCACAUGGGCCAUGGACAUGCUACAUUGACACGCGCAUGGGUGCCAGGUGAGCCCACAUGGGCAACGGACAUGCUACAUGGACAUGUGCACGGGUGCCGGGUGAGCCUGCGUGGGCCAUGGACAUGCUAAAUGGACAUGCACAUGAGCAUUGGGUGAGCCCACGGACAUGCCCACAGGCACCAGUCCUCCCCUGUGGCCUCCAUGAAUGCUGGUGAGCCUGCACCACCCACGGAUAUGAUGCACGGACACGCACACAGGUGCUGGGUGAGCCCACAUGGACCACAGGUGCACUACGGAGGCACUGGACCACGGAUGUGCCCAUGGGUGCCAACCCCUCGGUGGCCGGCCGAAUCCCCAAAGACUAGAGUCACAUGCAUGGGCACAGGCCAUUCGUGCCCGGACAGGUGGAGCACGGGCACGUGGACUCAGCUGUGUCCCCUCGGUAUUUAUUUUGGAUGCUGUUUUGUACAAAGCUGCAGCCCGGCCUGGAGACAGGCAAUAAAGUUUCGCUGCCCUGGGCCGGCACUGCCAA